GGUGGAGGCUGACUGCUCGGUGCUCUUCUCCUUCUUCUUCUUGUAUUCUUUCCGGAUGGAGGAUGGAGGAGACGGGGCACUGAGCGGCUCUUCUCCACUCGGUCUUCGCGGAAGGAGAGACGGCGCCUCGCCGAUCACCGGGACAUUUUCUCUUCGUGGGACCGGAGCGCCGUUAGAAAUGACUCCCGGAGGGAAUCCGCUGCGCCAGGCUUGAACCGACCCAGAAACCCCAUGGAGCAGGAUGUGGAGAGCCCGGCCAUCAUCAAAAAGCCUAAGUUGCCAAAGCAGGUCCGGGAGGACCUGCCUAAACAGCUGUCGGAAAAGGAAAUCUCCAAGAGGGUCCAGCGCUACGUCCGGAAAGACGGGAAGUGCAACGUCCAUCACGGUAACGUCCGGGAGACGUACCGCUACCUGACGGACAUCUUCACCACGCUGGUCGAUCUCAAAUGGGGGCUCAACCUGUUCAUUUUUGUGCUGGUGUACACCGUGACGUGGCUCUUCUUCGGCUUCAUGUGGUGGCUCAUCGCGUACCUCCGGGGCGACCUGGAGCACUUGGAAGACAACCAGUGGACCCCUUGCGUCAACAACCUCAACGGGUUUGUGUCAGCUUUUCUGUUCUCCAUCGAGACGGAGACCACCAUCGGCUACGGGUACAGAGUCAUCACGGACAAAUGCCCCGAGGGCAUCCUCCUGCUUCUGAUCCAGUCGGUGCUGGGAUCCAUCGUCAACGCCUUCAUGGUGGGUUGCAUGUUUGUCAAAAUCUCCCAGCCCAAGAAGCGGGCCGAGACGCUGGUGUUCUCCACCAACGCGGUCAUCUCAAUGAGGGACGGGCGGCUGUGCCUGAUGUUCCGAGUCGGAGACCUGCGGAACUCGCACAUCGUGGAGGCCUCGAUCAGGGCCAAGCUCAUAAAGUCCAAGCAGACCAAGGAAGGGGAGUUCAUCCCUCUGAACCAGACGGACAUUAACGUGGGCUACAACACGGGCGACGACAGGCUCUUCCUGGUGUCGCCGCUCAUCAUCUGCCACGAGAUAAACCAGAGCAGCCCCUUCUGGGACAUCUCACAGGCCCACCUGAGCCGCGACGACCUGGAGAUCGUGGUGAUUCUGGAGGGGAUGGUGGAGGCCACAGGCAUGACGUGCCAGGCCCGGAGCUCGUACGUCAGCCGGGAGAUCAAGUGGGGCUACCGCUUCACUCCGGUCCUGACCCUGGAGGACGGCUUCUACGAGGUGGACUACAACAGCUUCCACGACAUCUACGAGACCAACACGCCGGCCUGCAGCGCCAGGGAGCUGAGCGACAUGACCAACCGCAGCCGCCUGCCCCUCACCUGGUCCCUGGCCAGCAGGCUGAGCCAGCAGGGGCUGCCGGAGGCCGAGCGGCAGGGCCCCGAGACCAAGAGCGGCCCGGCCAACCAGGGGAAGGACCGGCAGCCGGAGAGGAACGGGGACGUCGCCAACGUGGAGAGCGAGUCCAAAGUGUGAGAGUCCCGUUGUAACCCCCUCUCCCCCCCGCCCCC